AUGGCCAUGGCAGGAAGUGGAGUUGGCUUUACAAGGUGGUUCACACAGUGUAUUUCCAACCUCCAGGUGAGCACUAAAUGCAGGAGCCUCUGGUGGGAGGCUCUAAACGCUUUUGAUGGAAUUCGUACCUAUUAUGACUCCAUAUAUGCAGAACACCCAGACCUGGUGGUGACUCGGGCACUGAUGAUCACAGCCGACAUUCUAGCUGGCUUUGGAUUCAUCACCCUCCUCCUUGGACUUGACUGUGUGAAGUUCCUACCGGAUGAGCCACACAUUAAAGUCCGCCUCUGCUUUGUUGCAGGGACCGUAUUACUCAUCGCAGGUACCCCGGGAAUCAUCGGUUCUGUGUGGUAUGCUGUGGAUGUUUACGUCGAGCGCUCCUCUCUCGUUUUACACAAUAUAUUUCUUGGGAUCCAAUAUAAAUUCGGUUGGUCCUGCUGGCUCGGAAUGGCUGGGUCUUUGGGUUGUUUUUUGGCUGGAGCUCUCCUCACCUGCUGUUUGUACCUCUUCAAAGAUGUUGGACCUGAGAGGAACUACCCUUAUGCCAUGAGGAAGCGCUAUUCAACUGCAGGUGUUUCCAUGGCCAAAUCCUACAAGGCCCCUCGGACAGAGACAGCCAAAAUGUAUGCUGUAGACACGAGAGUGUAA